AUGGGCCGAUGCCAAGAGAAGCUAGAGGUAGAAGCGGUUGAAAGGGAGGUCUUAGCAAGAGCUCAGGCAGUAUCUAGAGGCGAAGAGUACGUUCUUGUCAACUCCAAGAAGCCUAAAGCGACUGAGCCCUUCCCUAAGAAAUAUCGAAGUGACUUGCAGCAGAUGGUCUCCGACGAUAUCACGAUUAAGUGGCAAGCGGUAUUACCUAAUUUGAAAGCUAUGUAUGCUAAAGAGAAUAGAAGUUUGCCUGAGGACUUUCAGUAG